AUGGUAAUAACGUUAUGGAGUGAGGAGAAGGUGCGCCAGCUGCAGGAGUUGUUAGAGUUGGCAGAGCAGAGGCUGGCUCAGACCAUGAGGAAGGCUGAGACACUACCAGAGGUGGAGGCAGAGUUGGCACAGAGUGUGGCAGCCCUCACCAAGGCGGAGGAGCGUCAUGACAACGUGGAAGAGAGACUCAGACAGCUGGAGUCACAACUUGAGGAGAAGAACCAGGAACUGGGCAGGGUGCGUCAGAGAGAGAAGAUGAAUGAAGAACAUAACAAGCGUUUGUCUGACACGGUGGAUCGUCUGCUGUCUAACGAGAGACUGCAGCUUCACCUUAAAGAACGCAUGGCAGCACUGGAGGACAAGAACUCCCUGAUUCAGGAUCUGGAGAACUCCCAGAAACAGCUGGAGGAGUUUCACCACAUCAGGGAGCGUCUGAUUGGUGAGAUUGAGAAGCUGCGGAAUGAGAUCGACCCCCUGAAACGCUGGAGUGGAGUGUCUGGAGAUGGGGCACAUCCACGUGGUAGGACGGACACUACAGCUCUGCUGUCAUCAGACGGGCAAAGAAGGGCCGUCUGGCAGCGCUACGUGACGAACCCAACAAGGUGUGUGCGGUGUGUGAGCAGGACUACUCGUCUCUACGGGGCAGCAUCAGUCACCUCCUUGGCGGUGACAUGGAAGCAGUCAGACAUAGAUGAUGAUGAUAGCUCCGCCCUCCUGUCACCCAACGGCCAAUCAGAUGCACAGACUCUGGCUCUGAUGCUGCAGGAGCAGCUGGAUGCCAUCAAUGAGGAGAUCAGGAUGAUCCAGGUGGAGAGGGAGUCAGCUGACCUCAGGGCAGAUGAGAUAGAGUCACGUGUGAACAGCGGUAGUAUGGAUGAACUCAAUGUUACACUCCGCCCCCGAACCAUGCCAACCUCAGCUACAGCCCAAUCACUGGCCUCCUCCUCGUCCCCACCCACCAGUGGAUGCUCUACUCCCAAACACCACGCCCACAAUGCCAGCCACCAGCUGGGCAUCAUGACCCUGCCGAGCGACUUAAGAAAACACAGCAGGAAAAUAGCAGUAAACUUUGAGAUGAGCAUCAGAGACACCAUGACUCUGGGCAAGCUGGGCUCACAGGCAGAGAGAGACCGCAGGAUGAAGAAACAUGAGCUGCUAGAGGAGGCCAGGAGGAGAGGACCGCCCUUCGCCCAGUGGGAUGGACCCACUGUGGUCUCCUGGCUAGAGCUGUGGCUGGGGAUGCCCUCCGGGUACGUGGCAGCGUGUCGUGCCAACGUGAAGAGCGGUGCCAUCUUGUCGGCCCUGUCUGACACAGAGAUCCAGAGGGAGAUUGGCAUCAGUAACCCCCUGCACCGCCUCAAAUUGAGACUGGCCAUCCAGGAGAUGGUCUCCCUCACCAGCCCCUCUGCCUCGCUCACCUCUAGAACGUCCUCCGGAAAUGUGUGGUUGACUCAUGAAGAGAUGGAGAACCUGACUUCCUCCACUAAAGCG